CAUUCUUUCGAGUUGGUAGCAACUUUUUGCUGCUGUCGCCGCCAAUAACACUUGCAGCACUCACAACACUAUAAUUGAAGCGACGAAAAGGUGAACCAAAAAACAAAAAAAAUAAGAACAAAAAACAAAGAUUCCUAAAAAAAUCAAUACAGCACAGCACAACAGUAGGCCGAUCGAGACAAAACAUUUAUGCUGCAAGCGAGCCAAGCAGCGGCAUUGCAAUUUUCGGUGAAUGAGUGAAGAUGCGCGCGCGCGCGAUUUUCGCAACUUUUUCGGCGACCGAGCCAAGUUGCAGCCAGCAAAGUGCGAGUUGGCGUUGAAGCUGCAUAAUCGAUCGUCUUGGUCCGGCUAUUGCGGCCAUUAUGCGCGUUGCUACGUGUGUUGCAUGCUAGAUUGUUGAAGAACGGCUAGCUCCGUUUGCUCGAGACGUCGCAGCGGCAGCAACGGCAGAAGAACACGAGAAGUGGUGCCAGCAGUUUGGUCGAAUGCGAGUGCGUGUUAUUUUUGAGUGCGAAAACGCAUAAGAAUUGCAGCUUGCAACGGUGUUGCAAUAACGUUUAGGCCGCCAAACGCGCGACAUUGAAACCGAAGCGAGUUAUUGAAUGUGCAGAAAAGGAAAACGAAAAUAAAAAUAACAACACCAAACAUAUGCAAGUGGUGUAAAAAGUUGCAAUACGAAACCAGAUGCAAAGUGAAAAAAGCGGAAAAGUGAAUAAGGUGAAAAAGUGUUCCGGCGUUUUUGCAUUUAAUUGCGAGCUUUUGUUUUUUCACGCAUCGCAUUCUUGUUGCAAGUCAGUUUGCAACGACAAAAUAAGAAAAUUGAUGAUAAAGUGUAUUGCAAGAAGUGAAGUGCAACAUUUUUUUUAAGAAAAACGAGUAUUACAUAUAUGUAAUGGUAUUUAAUUAAAUCACCUUGAAGUACACAUUGAAAUGCCAACAAAGUGUCGCUUGCAACAUUGUGCUACAAAAAUCGCCGUGAAAUUUUGAAAAAAAAACGCAGAAAGUGAAACAACGGAUAAGUGUCCCUAUGUGUAGAAGAUUUUCAAAACUAAGUGAGAAUAAAAAUUCGAACAAUAAUAAAUAUAACGGAAAAUAUUUUAUGGAGUGAAAGCAACUGAAAGUUCUAAGUGUUAACUUGUGGAAGUUCAGAAAGUUUUAAUUAUUGAACAAAACCGACGAUGAAAGUUUAAGUGAAUUUCGAAUUAUCUAUGAGCAGUUAUGUAUAUAAAACGUGAGAUCGAAAUAAGAAAUUUUAUUAGUGAUAUGUAAAAGGCAACAAUAAAAUUCUACAAAAUAAUUCAAGGAAAGUGAGAAGUGUGCAAACCAUUUAAACACCCAGCUUCCUAACGUUAAUCAAUCAAAUCGAUUAGACUUAAAUCAAAUAGUGUGGCGUGUGCGUGAAAUAUAAGUGAAAUUGCCAAAUCAUCGUUCACCGCGUUUAGAUGAUUAUGCAUGGUACCUGGUACAAGGGACCACAACUGGCGCAUCGCACACAUACCCACAGCGAUUACCAUCGGGAUUAUACACCAACUCAUCAUCAAAGCCACCAUCUACAUCCACACCACUCCCACCAUCAUCAGGCACCGCCGCCGCCACCACCACCGCCGACGCAUUUACACUCGCAUUCUCAUCAUCCACAUCCGUAUCGUUCGUAUCCUUCGUUUGUUGUUGCACCGUAUCAUGAGUCGCCGCCCAGCGCUGCGCCAACACCCGCAUCCACGCCAAUACCAACGCAUACGCCUGCAGCGUGCUUGAACGGUGUGCCGGCACCAAUACUGGUGGAAGGCUCCUUUGCCGCCGCUGCUGUGUCCAAUUCAGCCGUCGGCAUCAAUCAAUUGGCGUCGGUGUUGAGUCCAACAAUUAAAAUUGAACAACCUUUCGGUGAACCGCUGUCGGUGGAUGAGUAUGCGCUGAAUUUGGAUUGCAACAUCGAAAACACUUUUCGGAAGCCUAACAAUUAUUCCUGGCCCCUGGCAGCUGUCACACCGCCGAGCGCAAUAGCCGCGCAAGCGAAUACAGCGACACCGACCAGCACCACUGGUUCUGCUAUAAAUCACACGUCUUCACAUAUUGCCCUUUUACCGUCUUCCGGCUCGGCCACACCGACACCUCCCGUCGGCGGAUUAGAUUUGCAUGCCGCGGUCGCUGCUGAAGGCACACACAAUUUCGAGAGCACGCUAAAGUCGCCCGCUCAACAACCACUAUCAUCUCCAACACAGCGUCAGCAACACAACUCCUCGUCGGCAAGCCACCUGAGCAAUUCACAACAAUCACAGCAACAACAUCAGCAUCAGAGUUUGCAUUCGACCGGCUCGACACCCAGUUCGCCUACAGCGGUCAGUGCAGCGUCGGAAGCAGCAGCAGCAAGCGCGGCCGCAGCCGUUGCCGCCACCAUGCCGAUUGGCGGGGUUCAGGGGCAAAACCCUACACAGGGUUUAGUGCAUUGGAUGAGUGCCGUUAUGGCCGAACAUAUGACUGGGCAGACGCAUCACGAUCCGACAGGUGUCGGCAUGCAUUACAUGUGGAAUGGUAAUGUCGAUUGUGGACAACAUAGUAAGGAAAUUGCCGAUUAUAACGGAUGGCCAUCAGCGGCGGCAACUCGUAGCCACAUGUCAGCCAUCAAGCAAGGAUAUGAGGCUAAAAUGAACGACCAUCACAAUAACUUACAAAAAGGUCACUUUCUCGAUGAUAGCCGCCUCGUAGAUCAUCACGCUGUUACGCCGCAGGGUAAUCACAGUGGCAUGGCAUCAGCCGCUUCUAUUUAUGGGCCCAGCGCCACAUUGCGAACCAUUGCCACUUCGAACAGUAGUUCACCUGCUGGAGGUGGGGGCGGUAAUGGUGGCGGCGGUAGUUUAGUCACUGCUACGGGUAGUCUAGGUCUUAUCGGAGCCAGCAACGGUAGCCUUGGUGGCAGCAGUAGUGUCGGUGGCGGCGGGCUUGUUGGUCUUGGCGGCGCGAGCAUUAGUGGCAUUGCGCAUCAUGCGCCGACAGCGUCUAAUCACAUGGCGCAUCAUCACAGUGCGUCAACUGCUGCCUUGCUGGUGGUACCGCAGCCGAUCAAUGCAAGUAAAAUGAAUGUGACAUUGGGAGCCGGUGGCAGCGGUACAGGCAGAAAGUAUCAGUGCAAAAUGUGUCCGCAGAUUUUCAGCUCGAAAGCGGACUUGCAGCUACACACACAAAUUCACAUGCGCGAGGCCAAACCGUACAAGUGUACGCAGUGUUCUAAGGCGUUCGCAAACUCUUCCUACCUGUCGCAACACACACGCAUCCACCUGGGUAUAAAGCCGUACCGCUGCGAGAUUUGUCAGCGCAAAUUCACCCAACUGUCCCAUCUGCAGCAACACAUCCGCACCCACACCGGCGACAAGCCAUACAAGUGUCGACACCCCGGCUGCCAGAAAGCUUUCUCACAACUUUCCAAUCUGCAGUCGCACUCGCGUUGCCACCAAACGGACAAACCCUUCAAAUGUAAUUCCUGCUACAAGUGUUUCUCGGAUGAGCCCUCACUGCUCGAUCAUAUACCCAAGCACAAGGAGUCUAAGCACCUGAAGACACACAUUUGCCAGUAUUGCGGCAAAUCGUACACACAAGAGACAUAUCUAACCAAGCAUAUGCAGAAGCACGCCGAGCGCACGGACAAGCGACCACCGAUUGCCGCUUUGACCGCGAGUGGUAAUGUCACCGGCGCUGGCGCAUCCUUAGGCGGCAGUGGCAACGGCGCGCCUGGUAGCAAUGUGAAUGGGGGCAAUAUGGUAGGCGGUGCUGCGGGCGGCACUAGUGGUGGUGGUAUUGGUGGUGCGGGUGUGAGUAAUUUGCCAAAUUCGAAUACGCACAAUCGCCAGACGCUUGGCUUGCCGCCAGUGUCGAUAGCACCCACCGAGCAUUCAUAUUGGCCUAAGGUCAGUCCAGACUCCGCCGCUAAUAUGACAGAUGUCAUGCACCAACAGCAACAGCAACAACACCAACAACAGCAGCAGCAUCACCAUCAUCAACAACAGCAGCAACUCGGCGGCCAGCAACACCAUCAUCAGCAGCAACAACAGCAGACGCAACAACAGCCGCCGCAACAGCAACAGCACAUGGACUUUUCGAAUGUAAAUUCAGGUGGCGGAAGUAGCGCUGGUGGCGGAGGCGGAGCCAGUGGCUCUGGUGGGCCGCCAAACGGACAUGGCGAGCUGCAAACGCAUCAUCGAAUGAGCGACAACGGUCGGGACGAAAUUGUGUCUACACCAUCCACUGUUGGGCCGUACGAUGCGGCGAGUAUCACGAAGACCACCAGUAAUUCCGCGUUCACCCCGAUCAAUUCAAUGCCGCCACACUUGAAUACACUUAGCCACCAUCCCAUGGCGCAGCGUCCGUACCUCUACGAUGCUAUCAGCUUCCAGAAUAAAAAUGUCAAUCAAAAUAAUUCCAAUUCAUUUCCAAACCAACUGAUUUCGCUUCACCAAAUUAGAAACUAUGCGCACCAACCGGCCGGUCUGAUGGCGGGCGAACAUUUACUCGGCGUUAGUGUGGGACCGGGUAAAGAUAAAGGAUAGCUAUAUUUUUAAGUGCGAAAGCACGAACGAUUUGGGGCCGAUUACUUAGAUGUACUUGAUGAAUAUGUGAACUAAGAGCUGCUUUAUUUGGUACGAGCAUUUUUGUGAUGAAUUGAAUAAUGAUUAUUUUUAAACUAAAAUUCAAAUCCUAUAAUUAAGAAAACCGUAAUGCAAAAGUAAAAAAGCGUUAGAAAAGGUUGUGGAAGAAAAAGGAGUAUAUACAUGUGGAUCAAAAAAGUUAUGCGGUUAAACGGACGUACAAAAACUGACCAGAGACAGAAAAAAUUUCUUUUUAUAUUAAUUCUUGGAAAAAUUAUUAAUUUAGUUUCUGCGGUUAACAUUAUUUUUUAAAUUAAUAUAAGUAUUUGCAUAUUUAGUUUAUUCCCACGAUAAAGUAGGAAUUUAAACUUCAAUUUCCGUCCAUAAUAGUUUUUGAAAGUACAUAAUCGCAUACAGCGCGCCGGAACUAUCUUGGCGAUACCAAGAAGAAACUGUUUGAAACUGUCACUUAUUAAUAUUUAUGCUACUUAGGAUUUGACUAUAUAUUUUUAUAACACUAAAGAUCUAUUGUGGAAUAGUUACCUGGAGACGCUUCUGAGAAUCGAUAAAUUAACUAUAAAUCUGGAGCAGCUUAAUAAAGUUUGGAGAGCACAAAAAUUCGCUCCUCUCUCUCUAUUGUAUAAGAGUAUUGUGUUUGAGAUACAUGAAACGAAGUUAAUGAAAGAGAUUUUAAGAUCUUAAACUUCUAUCUUGAUGCAUAAGUUUAAGCUACGCUAAAUAAAUGAGAGCAGUUGAUAACGGUAACGGUAUAUAAAGUUCUUGACUCACUUAACCCUACUUCCAGUUGAUCCAAUGUACUAUGAUCAGUGGCUUGUCGCAAAGGACGAACUGACUGUGUUAGAAAUGGUGUUAUGCGAAAUGCACUCAACAACACAGUUAUUCUUUACUAACUGUAGGGUUCUCUUCCAACCAGUUUCAUUUUAACAAGGUAGUAUACAAUUGAAUAUGAAGUAUUCACCAAGAGAUUGUAGUUAGAAACACAGAAACUUUCGUUAUUUUCCAAUCGUUUGGCUAACCAACUUACGAGUUCAUACGAUUUAAUAACACCAGUCAACAGCAUUUUUUUAGCAUGAGCUAUACAUACCAUAUUUUCGUUGCUUUUAUACUACGAAAUACAUUCUUCUUCAUAUUUUUUGUCUGCAAUACUGCCAUAAAACUGUACCAGGAUUUGUUCUCCUCAUUGCUAAAAAUAUCACAAUCCAAAUUUUUUUUUUUUGUUUUUGAGGGCUUAUAUCUGUAAAGAUUCCAGCUGUUAUUUUCGUCCCUGAAAGCUUUGCAAAAAAAAUUCUUCAAAUUGCUUUUGAAAAUUGUUUAAUAAGACAAAAUUUAUUAUGUGCCGUUUUGUAUAAUACAUUCUACUUACUACGAUUUGAAUUGAUCAACACUUUUCAUAUUUAAAAAAAAAAAAAAUCCUCAACCAAUCAAGAGUCAUCCG